AUGGCAGCAAUCGAGGAUAGCGAAAAGACCCAUAGGAGUGUGCUCCGUGAAACUAGCUUGUUGCCUUUCCGGCUAGAGAAAGACAUCUGGGAACCUUGGAAGCCCGUCCAGAUUAUUAAUCACCCUAUGACCGACAUAGGAAAAUACGAGCGGAGAUGGUUUCUGGUUCUUGAGCUUCGCUUUGAUUCCAUGGAUGAGCUGUAG